AUGAAGGUGAAAAACACAUCUAAUAAGAAAUAUGUUCCUGUUAGUAAUUAUGAAGUUUUAUUUGUUUUUCUGCUCGCAGCUUUUGUGUGUGUUUGUGUUGGACUGAUUGUACUUUCAUGGUUGUCAAUUCAAGAGUUGGAAAAAGCUGAAGAAUGUGGGAAUACUCAUAGCUACAUGGGAACAUUUAAAAUACUCUCGAGGACAUCAUUCACUCCUGCUUUGCAAAACAGAUCAUCAGCCGAUUUCAAAGUCCUUGCCUUUGAUGUUGAACAAUUGAUACAAGAAGUCUUUCAAGCAAGUGGUCUGAAAAAUGACUUUGAGAGAUGUGAAAUUUCCCACUUCCAGAAGUCUGAAGAUAGUAAUGAAAGAUUCAAGUCAGAGAAUGGUGUCAUUGUGAUUUUCAACCUUUAUUUUACCCAGACAAUAGCAAUUGAGAGAGUAAAAAAUGAACUGGUUUUGGGUAUCAGUGUAAAUAAAAGUGAUCUUACCCAGACUUUGAAAAUUGAUGUGAACAGCAUACAAGUCACAGAGCAAGUAACCACAAGAAAGCCCUCAACAACUCUAGGUAAUAUUUCAGCUGAGUGUUUGCCACCUGCUGAACUGUGUGGUGAUGGUGUAACCUGUGUUGGAGCAGAUUUAUUUUGUGAUGGAACCUUGGACUGCCCAGAUGGUUCAGAUGAAUCUCAGAACAGAUGUGCUACAGUUUGUGAUGGAAAAUUUAUGUUGACUGAUUCCUCUGGGUCUUUUCAUUCUAUGAAUUAUCCAAAACCAUAUAAUGCAAACAUCAUUUGCCAAUGGAUUAUACUAGUGCCUCAAGGGUUAUCCAUUAAACUGAACUUCACUUCUUUUGAAACACAACAAUAUGGAGACAGCUUAAAUAUUUUUGAAGGUAUAGGACAAAACAAGAUUUUAAGAGCUUCUCUGUCAGGAACUAAUUCUGAGACAAUUUACAUUUUUUCUCAUGAGGCUACAGCACAGUUUAUAUCUGAUUAUUCUGAAAAUUACAAUGGCUUCAAUGCAACCUACACUACAUUUAACGUAAAUGAACUAAAUGAUUAUGAGAAAAUCAAUUGCACGUUUGAAGAUGGCUUUUGUUACUGGAUACAAGAUUUAGAUGAUGAUUCAGAAUGGGAGAGAGUUCAGGGUCCUACCUUUCCCUUUAUGAGUGGUCCUGAUUUUGAUCAUACAUUUGGCAACAUAUCAGGAUUUUAUAUUUCAACACCUGUAGGAAUUGGAUACAUAGAAGAGAGAGUCCGAAUUCUGAGUUUGCCUUUAGUCUCUUCAGAUUCAUCUUGUCUAAGCUUUUGGUAUUUCAUGUACAGUGCCCAUGUUUAUCGUUUAAGAGUUAGCAUAAGUAAUGAACACGGUUUGGAAAAGAUCAUUUUCCAAAAAGAAGGAAACUAUGGAAACUAUUGGAAUUAUGGACAAGUAACAUUAAAUGAAACAUCUGAUUUUAAGGUUAUUUUUGAUGCAUUCAAAAUGCCUGGUGCCAGUGAUAUUGCCUUGGAUGACAUUGGCCUGACGAAGGGAAAGUGUGAUGAAAGUAUUUAUGUAGAACCAACUGCGAUUCCAACUGUUACUACUGCUCCUUCAGGUCCUUCUGACUGUGGAGGGCCAAUUGAACUCUGGGAGCCAAACAGUACAUUCAGCUCUGAAAACUUUCCAAACAGCUACCCUAAUCAAGCUUCUUGUGUGUGGUACUUAAAUGCUGAAGAGGGGAAAAACAUUCAACUUCAUUUUCAGGUUUUUGAUCUGGAAAAUAUUAAUGAUGUAGUUGAAGUCAGAGAUGGCAGAGGACCAGAUUCAUUACUUUUGGCUGUCUAUACAGGACAAGGUCCCUUGCCAGAUGUCUUCUCUACAACAAACCAGAUGACAGUAAUCCUCACUACAGACAAGUCUGUAACAAAGAAGGGAUUUCUUGCAAACUUUACUACGGGCUACCACCUCGGAGCUUGUGCGGUUGAUGAGCAUCAGUGUGGUAGUGGGGAUUGUAUACCAUUGCAUAACCUUUGUGACAACAUACUGCAAUGUGAAGAUGGCUCUGAUGAAGCAAAGUGCAUGAGAUUGGUUAAUGGUUCUUUAAGCACUGAAGGGCUGGUACAGGGCAGAAUUGGGAAUACAUGGCACCUGGCAUGUGCAGAUGAUUGGAAUGAACAGAUUUCAGAGAGUGUUUGCCAGCUGCUGGGGUUAGGGGAUGCAAAUACGUCAUCGACUGUAGUAUUCACUGGAGAUGGCCCAUUUGUCAGCAUCACCAAAGCAACAAACCACAGCCUGAUAGUUACAAAAAGAGAAAGCUGUUUGAACAACCUAGUGAUUCAUCUGCAAUGUAACAUUAAACCUUGUGGAAAACAUCUGGUCAAUCAGAGCAACAGUGCAAGGAUUGUAGGUGGAAGCGAUGCCAGAAGAGAAGCUUGGCCAUGGAUAGUAUCACUCCAUUUUAAUUACAGGCCUGUCUGUGGAGCUUCCCUUGUCAGUGAUGAAUGGCUGGUGACAGCAGCACACUGUGUAUAUGGGAUGCAAUUAGAACCAUCUCGAUGGAAAGCAGUUCUUGGCUUGUAUGAUCAAUCAGAUAUGACACAUCCUUCAACAGUAGUUCAAAACAUCGACCAAAUCAUUAUAAACCCUCAUUACAUGAAAAGUACAAAAGACAGUGAUAUUGCUCUCAUGCAUCUUGAAUCCAAAGUGCAAUAUACAGAUUACAUACAACCUAUCUGCUUACCAGAAAAAAAUCAACAGUUUUUACCAGGAACAAACUGCUCCAUUGCUGGCUGGGGUAGUAUUCGGCCUAACGGUCCCACUUCAAACAUAUUGAAAGAAGCGGAGGUCCCUCUCAUUUCAAAUGAAAAAUGCCAACAAUGGAUGCCAGAAUACAGUAUUACUGAGAAUAUGAUCUGUGCGGGAUAUGAUAAAGGAGGAAUAGAUUCCUGUCAGGGAGAUUCAGGAGGCCCUCUGACAUGUGAAGAUGGUAACAAGUGGUUUUUGGUUGGUGUAACAUCAUUUGGCCACCAGUGUGCACUUCCCAAACGACCAGGAGUGUAUGUUCGAGUCAGCAUGUUUGUGGACUGGAUCAGAAACAUAAUCUAUUAGGUUAAUAUCUUUUAAAGAUAGAAAUACAGUUUAAAGGUUAAGAGAAAGCAUGACAAUGUAAAUAAAACUAGCAUUUCUAUCUUACCAUUACAAAAACUGAGUAUUUAAAUUUUGAGGAUGAUAAUAUUAAUAAUUGAGACCUCCAUUACCAAUUGAUAGCAGUAUUUAAAAGUUGAUGCUGUAGUUUCACCAGUUUACUUUUUCUUUUGUAUGACACCAUGCAGAAGCAGCUUCUUUGAAUGAAAGUUCAGUAAAUGGAUAGUGGAGGGCUUUAGAAAGCAUGGGCAGUUUGCAAACUGCAAAUGCUUUAUUGAAAACCAUUAAAAAUUAUGAAUUUCAGGCCAAACAUUACCUGUUUUUUGGGUUUUAACUAUAUUUUUCAACAUUUAUUUUCUUUUCAAUGUAUGGUCAACUCAUCUCACCACAUAGCAAAAUGAAGGUUUAUGUUACCUGUUUCAACUGGCUUCAUGGGAGUUCUUCUAUCUUGUCUAUUACAAAGAGCUCUGGAAUGAGGUUUAUAGAUUGUGCAUAAAGGCUGAUCAUGUAUCAUGAUGCUUUCUAAUGAAUCAACUGAAUGCAAGCCAAAGGUUCUCUCUUGUGUAAUUUGUUUGGAAUUAAUAGAGUUAAAUAAAGAUUGAAUACAGCUUUUUAGUUUCCAUUUAUAA